CACGCUACGCUUUCCUCUCCAGAUUUUGCUCCCCUCGAGACCCACCAAAAGCACCGAAAGGCGCAACAAAGCAAAGCAAAGCAGUCGGUCCAAGACCCACCGGACUCCGCUUCGCCUCCCUCGAGGAGUCGCCCCCGGUUGGAACUGCGUUUGCUUGCUCGAUCGAUCAGUGGUGGAUCUUUCUGCCGGCGGCAGUGCGUGCCGGGGCGAGAGGGAGAGAUGGGUUCCGGAUCUUUGCUCAAGGUUCUCGCCAAGAACUUCGAUGUUCUUGCGGGGCCUUUGGUUGCACUAGCUUAUCCUUUGUAUGCUUCAGUUAAGGCAAUUGAAACCAAAUCCCCUGUAGAUGAUCAGCAAUGGCUCACAUACUGGGUGCUGUACUCGUUGAUAACACUGUUUGAGCUUACAUUUGCAUCAAUUAUUCAGUGGCUUCCGUUUUGGCCAUCUAUGAAAUUGAUCGUUAUUUGCUGGCUUGUCUUGCCAUACUUCAAUGGAGCUGCCUAUGUCUACCAGAACUAUGUGAGACCAGUCUUUGUGAAGAACCAAAUGGUUAACAUUUGGUAUGUUCCUCAGAAAAAAGGCCUUUUCGGUAAAUCUGAUGACUUCCUCACAGCACUUGAUAAGUUUAUUGAAGUAAAUGGACCUGAAGCUCUCAAGAAACUGACUAACAAGGCUGGGAAGUCAUCUAAACCGUCUGUCAAAUCGUCAAAAGAUUCGAAGUCAUCAAAGGAUUCGAAAGAUUCAAAGUCAUCGAAGGAAUCCAAGGAACCAAAACCAACAAAAGAUUCAAAACAACCGAAGCCACCAAAAGUUUUGAAAGAGUCGAAGCCAUUGAAGGAUUUGAAAGAAGAUAAGAAGGCAGUGAAAGAAGAAAAGAAGGCACAGAAAGAUUCAAAAGAACAGAAGAAAGCACUGAAAGACUCAAAAGAACUGAAGAAGGCACUUAAAGACUCCAAAGAACAGGGGUCGCAAAAAGAUUCAGCUGAACUUAAACCAAAGAGCAACAAGCGCGUGACAUUCGCGGAGGUGGAGCCCGAGAAGGAACUGAAGGCCUCAAACAGCGACUGGCAUCCAGCCUCCGAUUAUCACACCACCAUGUAUCCGGAGCACAACUCAUGGAGCAGCAGCUUCAUGAUCUUUGAGGAUGAGAAUAGUUACUGGAGCUAGAGCUCUCCAGACCUGCCAAAAUGCAGCUCGAUGUAGAGCCUUUCUGAUUAGGUAGAAGUGACUAGUGGCCAUUUCAUCAUCAAGCAAAGAAAUGGAACUCACCUCGUUGUCCCAAGUUAUCAUCUGUCGAUUGUUCUGACUUGUCAUCAUGUAGCAUAUUUGUCCAGUCAUCCGUGUACACCAGUAGUUCAGUUAUGUAGGAAAAAGGAAAAAUCUGCCGUGUGGGUUGGUGAUGUUUUUGGAGUAGUAAGCCAUAUUUACAAUUUCUCAGUGCAGCCUAAUCCUCUGAUUAAUCUGAUGGUUUUGUUAAAAAGUAAAACAAAAAGAAAGAAAACGUUGGGGGUGAUUUGCUU